CGGCGGCCGCGGGCAGAGCGAGCCGGCCGUGCCCCCUGCGGUGCGGGCUGGGGCUUUUUAUUUACUAGGGAGCGCUCUUCCCGGCGGGGGAGUCCGCGGCGCGCGGGGGCGCGCACACACGCGCGCGCGCACUGCCACACGCUGGCGCGCAGGGUCUCCGCGACCGCAGCCGGAGCCCGCAGGGCGAAGCCGCUGCGGUUUGGCUGUUCCCGGGCUCGUGGGGCGAAGCAGAGCCAUCGUGCCUCGGGGAGAGCCCGGUGCCCGCGCUGCCGCCUCGGUACGAAACCAGGCAGACCGCUCACCCCUCCGGCAGCUGGAAUGCUUGCUGAUCGCCCUGUACACUUCUGAGACUGAGAGCCCGAGGACCCCAGCUGGAGAAUGCCAUCUGAACGCUGUCUCAGCAUUCAAGAAAUGCUGACAGGACAGAGGCUCUGCCACUCGGAAUCUCACAAUGACAGUGUCCUGGCUGCCCUGAAUCAGCAGAGAAGUGACGGCAUUCUCUGCGAUGUCACCCUGAUUGCUGAGGAACAGAAAUUCCAUGCUCACAAGGCAGUCCUAGCAGCAUGCAGCGACUAUUUCCGGGCAAUGUUCAGCCUUUGCAUGGUGGAAAGUGGAGCCGAUGAGGUGAAUUUGCAUGGAGUGACAAGCCUUGGUCUGAAGCAGGCUCUGGAGUUCGCCUACACAGGACAGAUUUUGUUGGAGCCAGGUGUGAUCCAGGAUGUGUUAGCAGCUGGCAGCCACCUACAGCUGUUGGAGCUUCUCAGUUUAUGUUCCCACUAUCUCAUCCAGGAAUUAAAUAGCUUUAAUUACUUGGAUCUGUACAGACUGGCUGACCUCUUUAACCUCACUUUGUUGGAGAAGGCAGUGGUCGAUUUCUUAGUGAAGCAUCUCUCUGAACUCCUGAAGAGCCGCCCAGAAGAUGUUCUGACACUUCCCUAUUGCCUGCUGCAGGAGGUCCUGAAGAGCGACCGGCUGACCUCGCUGAGUGAGGAGCAGAUCUGGCAGCUAGCUGUGAGGUGGUUGGAACAUAAUUGCCAUUACCAGUACAUGGAUGAGCUGCUGCAGUACAUCCGCUUUGGCCUCAUGGACGUGGAUACUCUUCAUACGGUUGCCCUGUCACACCCGCUGGUCCAGGCAAGUGAGACUGCAACAGCCCUGGUCAACGAGGCCCUGGAAUACCACCAGAGCAUCUACGCACAGCCUGUCUGGCAGACCUGCCGGACCAAACCACGCUUUCAGUCAGACACUCUGUAUAUCAUUGGUGGGAAAAAGCGUGAAGUCUGUAAAGUCAAGGAACUUCGCUAUUUUAAUCCUGUCGACCAGGAGAAUGCUCUCAUCGCUGCCAUUGCCAACUGGAGUGAGCUGGCCCCCAUGCCGGUGGGAAGGAGCCAUCACUGUGUGGCAGUCAUGGGGGACUUCCUGUUUGUGGCAGGAGGGGAAGUGGAACAUGCUAGUGGCAGAACGUGUGCUGUGAGGACUGCUUGUCGCUAUGACCCCCGCAGUAACUCCUGGGCUGAGAUAGCACCCAUGAAAAACUGCCGGGAGCAUUUCGUAUUGGGUGCCAUGGAUGAAUACCUCUAUGCAGUUGGGGGCAGAAAUGAACUGCGGCAAGUGCUGCCCACAGUUGAGCGAUACUGCCCCAAGAAGAACAAAUGGACCUUUGUGCAGUCCUUUGACCGAUCCCUUUCGUGUCAUGCUGGAUAUGUGGCUGAUGGUCUUCUUUGGAUAUCAGGUGGAGUAACUAACACAGCACAGUAUCAGAACAGAUUAAUGGUGUAUGAACCUAACCAGAAUAAGUGGAUAAGCCGUAGCCCCAUGCUGCAGAGAAGGGUCUAUCAUUCCAUGGCUGCUGUCCAAAGGAAGCUUUAUGUCCUUGGAGGCAAUGACCUUGACUACAAUAAUGACCGGAUCCUUGUGCGUCACAUAGAUUCCUACAACAUUGACACUGACCAGUGGACACGUUGUAAUUUCAAUCUGCUGACAGGCCAGAAUGAAUCUGGAGUUGCUGUCCACAAUGGGAGAAUAUAUUUAGUUGGUGGAUAUUCAAUUUGGACAAAUGAGCCUCUGGCUUGUAUCCAGGUAUUAGAUGUAAGUAGAGAGGGCAAAGAAGAAGUGUUCUAUGGACCUACACUCCCUUUUGCUUCCAAUGGAAUAGCAGCAUGCUUCCUUCCAGCUCCGUAUUUCACAUGCCCUAACCUUCAAACUCUUCAAGUGCCUCAUCACAGGAUUGGCACCGUCUGAAAAUAACCCUCAUAAACAGAGGAGAAACAGCAGUCUGUGACUUUUGGAUUUUGGGGAUGAACAGCCUGAGUGCUCAAUGCGUCCUUGUCUUGUUUUGUAUCUUACAUUCAGACAAAUAUUAGCAAAAAAAAAAAAAAAAGUUUUCUAAAAUACACCAUUGAGAACUCUUGUCACUCUUCUCAGUGUAUGUCAACAUACAAUAUGUAUGACUUGUACUGUGGUAUAGCUUAGUGCCAACUUAAUGGCACAUUAUUGUCUCGUGUGUCUAAAGUAUUCUUUGUACACUCUUUCUAAUGAGCGCUAUCUAGGACAACUUGACACUGUUCUUAACAUAAUUUAUUUCAUACAAUGGCAUCAAUGAUCUUAAAAUCUUCAUAUGUUGUACUGAUACAUGGGCUUAUAAUUUUU